CUUAUUUUUCUCUCGCUUCCACCCGUUUGCUCUUCACUUCUCUCUCUAAAAAGCAAUGAAUUUUUUGUAGAAAGAGAGAGUUUCAAUCUGGAUAGAUCGAAACCUACAUUCAAUCUCCAUUUCCGAUCAACCCAUUUUUCAUUUUCUCGGGAAACAAUCAAAAAGUUGAGAUUUUUAAUUAUAAAUGUGUCAGCUUUAGAAAUUAUCCCAUGUGGAACUCACUGAAACGACACAGUUUAAAAAACCCCAGCUUUUCUUUUGAGGGUUUUUGAGCUGAUUUGAAGUUUGUGGAUAAGCAAAAUGAGGGUGUAGGGGUUUUUGUGAGGUGGGUUUGGCGGUUUGAGUGAGUGGUAGGAGGUUUAGAAGUUCAAAUUUGGGCGACUUUGAGUUUGAAGAGCCGGGAUCUGUGUACAUGGAUGUGGUUGGCUAGAAGUGGAUAAUGUACAUGAUUGCCAAUGUUUAGGAGAUUUGAGCUUCAUAUGUGGUGGAAGUGAGGAUUUAAGUGGAAUCUAUUGGUGUUUUUUUGAUGAUGUUGCUGUUUAGUUGGGAAAUUAUAAGGAUUUGGUGAUGUCAUCAGCUGAUUUUGUUUGGUAUUUGUUUGCGUUUGAGGAUUUGGUUGAGCCACUAGCUUGUGAAAUUAGCAAGUUUUGAGAGAUUUUGUGAUCAAAAGAGCUAAGAUCUCCACAAAUUUUCAGUUGAAUUAACUGUGUUGAAGCAAUGUCAGGUGCUCCUAGAGUAAGAUCAAUGAAUGUGGCUGAGUCGGACAGCAGGCCAGUCCUAGGACCUGCAGGGAACAAAACAGGUUCAUUGAGUGCACGGAAACCUGCUUCGAAGCCAUUGAGAAAGGUUGAAAAAUCACCUGUAGAGGUUAAUUCAGCAGAUGAAAAGAAAAGUGCCUCUUUGUCAUCUAAGGCUACUUCUACAUUGUCACCUAAAUCACAUUCCCUAAGUGUUCCAUCAGUGCUUCGCCGCCAUGAACAGUUAUUACAGUCUAAUUUAUCUCUCAAUGCUUCAUGCUCAUCUGAUGCCUCUACAGAUUCAUUUCAUAGUCGAGCAUCUACUGGGAGGUUGACACGGUCGAAUAGUGUAGGGAGUAGAAGGAAGCCGUUUGCUUCAAAGCCAAGAAGUGUUGUUUCUGAUGGAGGGUUGGAUUCUCCACCAUCUGAUGGUUCACAGACCAAGAAAAGGUGUGCAUGGGUGACACCUAAUACUGACCCCAGUUAUGCUGCCUUCCAUGAUGAAGAAUGGGGAGUUCCAGUACAUGAUGACAAGAAAUUGUUUGAGCUUCUUGUCCUUUCAGGUGCUUUGUCUGAACUCACAUGGCCUGCUAUCCUUAGCAAGAGGUACAUCUUUAGGGAAGUUUUUGUGGACUUUGACCCCAUUGCUGUCUCGAGAUUGAAUGAGAAAAAGAUAAUAGCAGCAGGAAGUACUGCAAGCUCUCUAUUAUCUGAACUUAAGCUGCGUGCUAUCUUUGAGAAUGCUCGACAAAUAUCCAAGGUCAUAGAUGAAUUUGGAUCAUUUGACAAUUAUAUUUGGAGCUUUGUGAAUCACAAGCCUCUGGUAAGCAAGUUCCGGUACCCUCGACAAGUCCCAGUGAAAUCCCCGAAAGCUGAUGUGAUAAGCAAAGAUCUUGUGAGAAGAGGAUUCCGGAGUGUGGGGCCUACUGUCAUUUACUCAUUCAUGCAGGCUGCAGGGAUAACCAACGACCAUCUCACCAGUUGUUUCAGGUUCCAGGAGUGUAUAGCUGCUGCAGAAGUGGAGGAAAAUGGCGACCCUGAUAAGAACAAGGACAAGAAAACAGAAGGUGCCAUCGAAUCAGAACUAUCAAUUGAUGCAUUAAGUCUAUCCUCAGAAUGAUGAACCCAAAAGAAAGAAGAGGAAGGAGGUCUUGGUUGGUGGCAACAUCAGGACAGAUGGAGCUUUCAGGUCCAGUCGGUCAUCACUUUUGCCAUGAACUUGAUUUAAACCAACUCAUGCUUUUGGGUGGUCGUAAAAAUGGAAAAGGUGGAUUUGUGUAUAAAAAUUCAUGAAUUCUUAUGUAUUAUGGAUUUGUAGAUUGUAGGUUACUAAAAAUGAAAUUACAAUUAACCGGUGAUUUGUGAUGAAGAUAAGAGGCCUAUCUGUCACAGAAAGCCCUUUUAAAUUGAUGUACAAUAUUUUGUACAGUUGAGAAAGCUAUUAGUAAUUAGAAAUUUAUCUGUCUUUUAAAA